CUUUGAUUGAGUUAAAUUGUGGAACUAUGCAAAUUCUGUGUAUACAUAAAUCUGCGUGUGCAACAUAGUUAAAUGAAUCGUUAAAAGCAGGUGCAUACUUGUGAAGAUACUUGCAAGGUUAAGUUUUGGAGAUUUCCAGAGGUAGAGAAGAAAAGAAAAACUUAUGGAUCGACUUAAUGGUUCUGCCAAGCUUAUGAUAGUUUCAGAUCUUGAUUUCACAAUGGUAGACCAUGAUGAUCCGGAAAACCUUGCCCUUCUUGGAUUCAAUUCGCUAUGGGAAGCUCAUUAUCGUCAUAAUUCUCUGCUAGUUUUCUCCACUGGGAGAUCGCCUACAAUUUAUGGAGAGUUAAGAAAACAGAAACCUUUGUUGACUCCUGAUAUAACAAUAAUGUCUGUGGGAACUGAGAUUACAUAUGGUGAAUCAAUGGUACCAGAUGAUGAUUGGAAACAGUAUCUGGAUCAUAAGUGGAACAGAGACAUAGUUAUGGAGGAAACAGCCAAGUUUCCUGAACUAACUAUUCAAUCAGAAACAGAACAACGGCCUCACAAGGUUAGCUUUUAUUUGGAGAAAGGGAAGGCCCCAAGUGUCAUGCAAGCCCUGUCAAAAUGUUUGGAAAAACGUGGGUUGGAUGUGAAAAUAAUUUAUAGCAAUGGUAUUGCUUUGGAUAUAUUACCUCAAGCAGCUGGAAAAGGACGUGCCCUUGCUUUUCUACUUGAAAAACUGAAAGCUGGUGGACUAGGACCACUAAACACUCUUGUUUGUGGCGAUUCAGGAAAUGAUGCUGAACUGUUCAGUGUACCUGAUGCGUAUGGUGUCUUGGUCAGUAAUGCACUAGAAGAAUUGCUUCAGUGGUAUGCAGAAAAUGCGAGGGGCAAUCCCCAAAUAAUUCAUGCAACUGAAAGAUGUGCAGCUGGCAUUGUGCAAGCCAUUGGUAACUUCUCUCUAGGUCCAAAUGUGUCUCCAAGAGAUAUUAGAGAGUCAUUGUUCAAAUGGGAAGUUCUUAAUCCUAGCCAUGAAGUAGUGAUGUUCUACCUAUUUUAUGAGAGAUGGAGACGUGGUGAAGUUGAGAAUCCUGAGCAGUGCAUCCAAAAUUUUAAAGCAGUCUUUCAUUCUACAGGAAAUUUUGUCCAUCCCUCAGGAGUUGACCAACCUAUGCACCAAAUUGUAGAUACCUUAGCAAAGGUGUACGGGGACAAGCAGGGCCAAGACUUUCGGGUUUGGGUUGAUGGUGUAUCUUCUGCAGAGGUUAGUUUGGGUUCAUGGCUGGUCAAAUUUGACAAGUGGGAGUUAUAUGGGAAUAAGUCACGGUGUUGUUUAACAAAGGUUUUGAUGAAUUCAAAGCUUCUGGAUUUUGGCAGGUUGAUGCACCGAAUGAGUAUACCUGGAUGCACUUACAUCAGACUUGGUUGGAUGGCUCAGGAGAACAGGAUGAUAUGCCUUGGUUCUUGUAGUUUCUAAUCAGUUCUGUUUAAGUCAUUCCUAAGGGGUCAAAUUAUUUAGCUAAGGAAUUAGGGAAAGCAAUGUGCACUCGAACCAUAUAGGGGACCAUGGUGCAAAGUGCCUUGAAACAGCAAGAUAGUAGGUUGAUAAGGA